GCACGCGUAGUUUGAGUCGCGUGGUGGUUGCGGCUCUGAGCUAGUUUUGAGUCGGUGUUAGGGCGCUGCGGCCGCCAUUCUCGGCAGAUAAAACGUGGGCGAGAUACGAAGAUGCUGGUCUCCAAGGAGGUUCCAUGGCGGCGCCUUCGGGGCAUUUCCUUCGGGAUGUACUCGGCUGAAGAGCUCAGGAAACUAAGUGUCAAAUCCAUCACAAACCCUCGAUACGUGGACAAUGUGGGGAACCCCUCAGUGAACGGUCUGUAUGAUUUAUCCCUGGGACCAGCCGACUCCAAAGAAGCAUGUUCUACCUGCGUGCAGGACUUUGGCAGCUGCCCUGGGCACCUGGGCCACAUUGAGCUCCCCCUGAUGGUCUACAAUCCUCUGCUCUUUGAUAAACUCUACCUGCUGAUCCGGGGCUCUUGUCUCAACUGCCACCUGCUGACUUGUCCCCGGCCUGUGGUUCACCUCCUCUACUGCCAGCUGCGGGUCCUCGAGGUUGGGGCACUUCAGGGUGUCUAUGAACUUGAGAGUACCUUGAACAGGUUUCUAGAAGAAAACCCUAAUGCUUCCAUCCAUGAGAUUCAGGAAGAAUUAGAGCAGCACACUCGGGUAAUCCUGGAAAACAACCUGCUGGGAGCCCAGGGCUCACAGGUGAAGAAUGUUUGUGAGAGUAAGAGCAAGCUGAUUGCCCACUUUUGGAAGGCACAUAUGGCUUCUAAGAGAUGCCCCCAUUGCAAAACUGGGAAGUCAGUGGUUCGCAAGGAGCACAACAGCAAACUGACUGUCACCUACCCUGCUGUGGUUCACAAAAAGGCCAGCGGGGAAGAGGACAAGGCCAAGAAGACGGCAGCCCCAGAAAUCGAUGAAGCCCAUUUGGGGAAAAGGGGCUACUUGACCCCCAGCACUGCCCGAGAACAUGUCUUGGCCCUUUGGGAGAAUGAAGGUUUCUUUCUGAACUGCCUUUUCUCUGGAGUAGAGGAUACUGGUGCAGAGUCCAAAUUCAAUCCCAAUAUCUUCUUUUUGGAUCUUGUGGUGGUACCGCCUUCCAGGUAUCGCCCAGUCAACCGCCUCGGGGACCAGAUGUAUACCAACGGCCAGACGGUGAACUUGCAGGCUGUUUUGAAGGAUGUGGUUCUGAUCCGAAAGCUUCUGGCUCUGAUGGCCCAAGAACAGGCCCUGCCGAGUGAGGGGGUGGCAGUGACAGGGAAGGAGAUUCAGAACGGCUCCCCAGAGGAGACAGGGUCUUCUGUUCCAGUGGACCGCUCCUUUCUUGCCAUGAUUCCAGGCCAGUCUCUCACAGAGAAGCUUUAUGGCAUUUGGAUCCGCCUUCAGAGCCAUGUCAAUAUUGUGUUUGACAGCGAUAUGGACAAGUUAAUGAUGGAGAAGUACCCUGGCAUCCGACAGAUCUUGGAGAAGAAGGAAGGCUUGUUUCGGAAGCACAUGAUGGGGAAGCGUGUUGACUAUGCUGCUCGCUCAGUCAUCUGCCCAGACAUGUACAUCAAUACCAAUGAAAUUGGGAUCCCCAUGGUGUUUGCCACAAAACUGACCUACCCUCAACCAGUGACUCCUUGGAACGUCCAGGAGCUGAGGCAAGCAGUUAUCAACGGCCCCAAUGUGCACCCUGGAGCCUCAAUGGUCAUCAAUGAGGAUGGUAGCCGCACAGCUCUCAGCGCCACUGACGUGACCCAGAGGGAAGCUGUGGCCAAGCAGCUCCUCACCCCUGCCACUGGCGCCCCCAAGCCCCAAGGAGCAAAAGUUGUGUGUCGUCACGUGAAGAACGGGGACGUUCUCCUGCUGAACCGGCAGCCCACCCUGCACAGACCCUCCAUCCAGGCCCACCGAGCCAGAAUCCUGCCUUCGGAGAAAGUCCUGCGCCUCCACUAUGCCAACUGCAAGGCAUACAACGCCGACUUCGAUGGAGACGAGAUGAACGCCCAUUUCCCCCAGAGCGAGCUCGGCCGGGCCGAGGCCUGCGUCCUGGCCUGUACCGAUGAGCAGUACCUGGUGCCCAAGGAUGGCCAACCGUUGGCUGGAUUGAUCCAGGAUCACAUGGUCUCUGGUGCCAGGAUGACCACCCGGGGCUGCUUCUUCACCCGGGAGCAGUACAUGGAGCUUGUGUACCGAGGACUGACAGACAGAGUUGGACGAGUGAAGAUCUUUCCUCCUGCCAUUCUCAAGCCCUGCCCACUGUGGACAGGAAAGCAGGUUGUCUCCACGUUGCUGAUAAACAUAAUCCCAGAGAACCACAUCCCCUUGAAUUUGAUUGGGAAGGCAAAAAUCAGCGGGAAAGCCUGGAUCAAGCAGAGCGCCCGAGCUGCACCAGCGUGUGGCCUGGAUGCUAUGUGCGAGUCCCAGGUCAUCAUCAGAGAAGGGGAGCUGCUCUGUGGGGUCUUGGACAAGGCCCACUAUGGCAGCUCUGCCUACGGCCUGGUCCACUGCUGUUAUGAAGUCUAUGGCGGGGAGACAAGCGGCCAAGUGCUCACGUGCCUGGCUCGCCUCUUCACGGCCUACCUGCAGCUCUACAAGGGCUUCACCCUGGGUGUGGAAGACAUUCUGGUCAGACCCCUGGCAGAUGCCAAGAGGCAGGCGGUCAUAGAAGAAUCCUCUCACUGCGGCUCCCGGGCCGUCAGGGCCGCCUUUAAUCUCCCUGACCUGGCGUCAUGCGAGGACGUGCAAACCAAGUGGCAGGAUGCCCAUCUCAACAAAGACCAGAGGGACUUUAACAUGGUCGAUCUCAAGUUCAAGGAGGAAGUGAAUCAUUACAGCAAUGAGAUUAACAAGGCAUGCAUGCCCUUCGGACUCCACAGAGGGUUCCCAGAGAACAACCUGCAGAUGAUGGUACAAUCCGGAGCCAAAGGAUCGACCGUCAACACGAUGCAGAUUUCCUGUCUGCUCGGUCAGAUUGAGCUGGAAGGGAGAAGGCCCCCACUGAUGCCAUCUGGGAAGUCACUGCCCUGCUUCCAACCUUACGAAGUCACUCCUCGGUCUGGAGGCUUCGUCACUGGCAGAUUCCUCACAGGCAUCAGGCCUCCCGAAUUCUUCUUUCACUGCAUGGCAGGGAGAGAAGGUCUGGUAGAUACAGCUGUCAAAACAAGUCGAUCAGGAUACCUGCAGAGGUGCAUCAUCAAACACCUGGAAGGGCUAGUGGUUCAGUAUGAUCUCACCGUGCGCGACAGCGACGGCAGCGUGGUCCAGUUCCUGUACGGAGAGGAUGGGCUGGAUAUCCCCAAGACGCAGUUCCUGCAGCCCAAGCAGUUUCCUUUCCUCCUCAGCAACUACGAGGCAAUACGGAAAUCAAAGCAUCUGGAUGAAGUUUUGUCCAGGAUGGACCCCACGCAGGCCCAGCAGCACUUCAGAGCCCUCAGGAAGUGGCGGGCCAGGCAUCCUCCCACCUGCCCCAGACACGGGGCCUUUCUGAGCUAUUCCCAGAAAGUACAGGCGGCCGUCCGCUCCCUGAACCUCCCUGGGGGGAGCCAAAAUGGCCGGGACCCCAGUGCGCAGGAGAUUUUAAAAAUGUGGUCUGAGUUAGAUGAGAAGAGCCGGAGGAAGUAUGUGAAGAGAGCCCUCCCCUGCCCUGAUCCCAGCCUGGGCGUCUGGCGUCCAGAUAUCCACUUUGCAUCUGUGUCAGAAACAUUUGAAAACCAAGUUGACGCAUAUGCCCAGGAGUGGGCGGCUCAGGCUGAGAGAAGCUAUGAAAAAUCAGAGCUUUCUCUUGAUAGAUUGAAGACCUUGCUCCAUCUGAAGUGGCAACGGGCACUGUGUGACCCGGGGGAAGCAGUGGGCCUCCUGGCCGCCCAGAGCAUCGGAGAACCGUCCACACAGAUGACCCUGAACACUUUCCACUUUGCGGGCAGAGGAGAGAUGAAUGUCACACUGGGAAUUCCGAGAUUGAGGGAGAUCCUCAUGGUGGCCAGCUCGAACAUCAAGACGCCCAUGAUGAGUGUGCCUGUGCUCAACACCAAGAGGGCCUUGAAGAGGGUCAGGAGCCUGAAGAAGCAGCUGACCCGCGUGUGCUUAGGCGAGGUAUUGCAGAAAGUUGAUGUCCAGGAGUCUUUCUGCAUGGAAGAAAAAAAGGACAAAUACCGAGUUUACUGCAUUCGCUUUAAUUUCCUCCCCUACAAGUAUUACCAGCAGGAGAAGUACCUGCGACCUGAGGAUAUUCUGCAUUUUGUAGAAGCAAGGUUCAUUAAGCUCCUGCUGGAGGCCAUCAAAAGGAAGAGCAGCAAGACAUCGUCCUUUAAAGCCGUGAGCACUCGGAGGGCAACUCAGCAGGACCUGGACGGCGGUGGGGAGAUGCCGGGAAGUCGGGAGGAUCGGGAGGGUGACGACGAAGGGGAGGAGCAGAUCGUCGAUGGCGACGCUGAAGAAGGAGAUGCUGAUGCUACAGACAAGAAGUGGAAAAAGAAGCAGGAGGAAGAGGUGGAUUAUGAGAGUGAGGAAGAGGAGCAGGAAGAAGAGAAUGAGGAGGAGAAUGAGCGAGAGGAGGAGGGCAGCCAGGGCCCAGACACUGAGCAGCCAGCGCCUUCCUCACUGGCGCCCAGCAAGAAGCGGGCACACAGGCACGGGCCCUCCGGGGCAGAAGCGGAGCUGAGGGUCCAGGCUGUACGGAACAUCCACUCGUCCAUCCAGGAUUACACGUUCGAUGUGGAGAAGGGCCUGUGGUGUGAGGUGACGCUGAAGCUGCCGCUGAUGAAGGUGCACUUUGACCUGUGCUCGCUGGUGGUCUCCUUGGCCCACAGUGCUGUCGUCUACGAGACCAAGGGAAUCACCCGCUGCCUCCUCAAUGACACCACCAACAAAAAGCAGGAGAAGGAGCUUGUCCUGAACACGGAGGGCAUCAACCUGCCGGAGCUGUUCAAGUAUACAGAUGUCUUGGACCUCAGCCGCCUCUAUUCCAAUGAUAUUCAUGCCAUGGCUAACACGUAUGGCAUUGAGGCCGCCCUGCGGGUGAUUGAGAAGGAGAUCAAAGACGUGUUUGCUGUGUAUGGCAUUGCCGUGGAUCCCCGGCACCUCUCCCUGGUGGCCGACUACAUGUGCUUUGAGGGCGUUUACAAACCUCUGAACCGGUUUGGGAUUCAGUCCAACUCCUCCCCUCUGCAGCAGAUGACAUUUGAGACCAGCUUCAAGUUCCUGAAGGAGGCGACCAUGAUGGGUGCCCAUGAUGAGCUGAGAUCCCCGUCAGCCUGCCUGGUGGUCGGGAAGGUUGUCAAGGGAGGAACGGGCCUGUUUGACCUCAAACAGCCACUGAGAUAGCCAUGACUCUCUCCUCUUUGCCCUCUGGCUGGUGUGCACAGAUGGCCUGGGAAGGUGGAGUCUUGAGCGGACACAGGACCUACCUCACCUCACAGGAAGGACAUCUGGACACUUUGGAAAGUCCAGUGCACGGUGCUACAAUCGUGACCUUCCUGCCGUCCUGACGGCUUCCCAUGAAGAGAUUCUCUGCACCUAUUUGCUGUGUUACUGUGGAGCAAACCUUGACCUGUCUUUGCUCUCUUGACUUCAUCCAGAAAGUGAGCAUCAGGUCAUUCAGUCAACAAGAAUCCACUAGACACCAGCUGUGGAUCAGCGAGGCACGGUGCUAGGCCCUGGGGAGUCAAAGACCUUGCAUUCUGUGGGGCAGACACCAUCACCAUAUGUAAGGAUGUUCAGAAUAAACAGAAAGUGAAUAGCUUC